UGAAGAAAUAGUCUCUGUUCGCCAGUUAUCAGAUUGCUCCAACUGGUGGGAGAUGACUGGAUCCUCAUGUACCAUUAACAGUCACUGGUUCCAUGAAGCAGUGUUCUGGUGUGAGUCUGGAUCAGGAGAGUUCAGCAAUGCAGUCAACAUCAGAAUAAAUGAUGCACCAGAUUCAGUCCUGACUGUGUCUCCAUCAAGGCUGAGUCCUGGAGCCUCAGUGACUCUGAGCUGUGAGGUUAAACCUUCAUCUACAGGAUGGAGGUUCUACUGGUAUAAAGCUGUUCCUGAUUUAUCAAAGAAAAACUACAAAUAUGAGUUGCUGCCUGGUAGCAUCAGUGGGACUGUAGAGAACUCCUUUAUUAUUCACGGACAGAAACAAACAGCAGGAUUUGUAUGUAGAGCUGGAAGAGAAAACCCAGAGUAUUUCAGUUUAUACAGCAAACCAACGUUUGUCUGGUCUAAAGAUUCUCAUCCAGCAGCGUCUCUCUCAGUGAGUCCUGACAGAGAGCAACACUUCAACACUGAGUCUGUGACUCUGAACUGUGGAGGAAAUUCUGCUGAGUGGAGAGUGAAGGUGUUCACAGAAUCUGGUUAUCUGUUAUCCAUCAACAACUGCUCCCCAUCGGGGUCAAUGACUAGAUCCUCAUGUACCAUUAACAGUCACUGGUACCAUAAAGCAGUGUACUGGUGUGAGUCUGGAUCAGGAGAGUUCAGCAAUGCAGUCAACAUCAGCAUAAAUGAUGAAGGUCUUCUCCUGGUGAGCCCCGUCCAUCCUGUGACUGAAGGAGCUUCUGUUACUCUGAGCUGCAUAACGAGAGGAGAAAACAAACUUUCUAAUGUGAUUUUCUAUCACAAUGACAAACUGAUCCAAAAUGACAGCAGAGGAGAGUUGAAUAUCUCUGCAGUGUCUCAGUCAGAUGAAGGUUUCUACAAGUGUGAACAUUCAGGAAACGUUUCACCUCAGAGCUGGAUGACUGUUAAAGCUGCGUCCGGACCUGGAAGCUCGUCUUUUCCUGUUCCGUUGGUCAUCGGAUUAGUGUCUGGAAUCAUCGUUCUCAUUCUCCUGCUGCUGCUGCUCCGUUUCUUCAUAAAGUCAAAAUGUCGUCGUUCAGAGCAGCCAGUCGAUCAGGUUGUACAUCUGCAUCAUGUUUGCUCCUCUCUCCCACGUGGUGACCAUCGUGACUAUGAAACAGUCAGAGACACUGAAAACUCUGAAAAUGGAGAACACGAUGAUUCAGAGAAUAUCACCGACGAAGUUGGUGCGUCUUCAGAAUAAAAAGCAGGUUCAUGAAGAGAAGUUCAUCAUCACCGUGACAAGAAAACCCCAGAUGAAUAAUUACUAUGUUCAUAGUAAUUAUGAGACCACAUGUGGUGCAUUAUUGGAAAUUCACCUCCCUGUCCCGCUCCGCUCCUUUCAGUCGCACAUCGUGGAUGAUUUGAGCUCGACUCACUCUGCGGUCACAACAAGCGACAAAGUGGAACCAGAAGAUGUUAAACAAAAGCUGAAAACAAUUAACAAUUGCUUUCUCAAUUUAUAGUCUAAAGACAAAAGCGGUAAAACCUGAAUUAAAAUAACAUUUAGGGUUUGUUUUAGGCUCGACCCUUUAAUGAAAGAUAAUUAGUUGGAUCAGUCAAGGCUCGGAAACGAUGUCUACGACCUAGAAAACCCAAUCUGGGUCGGGUUCUGUUUUCUAGGCCUCUGACUUCCUGGUCGGAGUUUGUGCUGAUCGUGUUUUUAGUGAACACGUAUCCCAACGGAACCAACCGUCUCUUAUCAAUAUUAAAGAAUUAUUGACUUAAAACAAGCUCUCCUAGCUUGAGGAAAAGUUACUUGUGAGUUAGUGUUAGCUCAUUUAAAGCGGAAGAUAUUUGCACUAGAAACUGGACAAAAAUACUUUGCUAAGAUGUUUUUUGUUUUUUUUCUGCAGUGCUUGUUUUCUUUCCUCACCCAUGUCAUUUCGGUUCGCUAUCUUAGAUCAGCCUCUUCUAAUUUAGCUUUUGACUUUCCUUUUUUAUAUUUUAAAGUAAAAUUGUUUGUUUUUUUAUUAUGUACUUGCCUCCUGACUCCACCCAGCAUUUGGGUCUUGCUCUGGACGGUUGUUGACACAUUUCUGAUUUGCUUUUCUUGUAAU